ACCGGAAAUCGCUGUUUCCAUGGUAACCCCUUAGCGGGUUACCUGGUACUUGACCCAUUUUGGUCUGUUUGAAUCUCUGCUGUAGCGUCAUUUCUAACAGAUUCUGGACUGGCUGCUGCCAUGAUUCCUGGGAAAUACCGCUCAGUUUCUGGCCGGGCUGCGAAUAACGUGAACUGUGGGCUUCAUCUGGUUAUUCAAACAUCGUCUCUUCCUGAAAAAAACAAAGUUGAAUUAAGGCUAAAUAAAGAAACAGCAUCCUUCCCUGGCCGACUCUUACAACAUGACCUUGAAAGAAACUACUCAAGUAGGCAAGGUAUUAUCAGAGAUGGAAGAGUAAUAAGCCCUUCGCCUCGUAAUAAAUCAUCAUGCAUCUCAUCCACCACAAACGUGACAGAACUGUAUGGGCUGGACAUGAAAACUGCCAUGAGCUCCUUUUCAGCAUUUGGAGAUUCUUCCAUUCAGAUACCUUCCAAGUCCAGAAUCCGGCAGGGCUGUCAUAGUGCUGGCCCCAAUGUACCUGGUGAUCAUAUUAAUUUGGUGAGCUCAUCAAUGCCAUCAUUUCCCAUUCUCCAGCGCUCUUCUGAAGAGAAAAUUAUUUACUCAGACAGGUUGACCCUAGAAAGGCAAAAGCUGACUGUAUGUCCUAUUAUCGAUGGAGAAGAACACCUUCGUUUGUUGAACUUUCAACACAAUUUUAUAACUCGAAUCCAAAACAUUUCUAAUCUACGGAGGCUUAUAUUCUUGGACUUAUAUGAUAACCAGAUUGAAGAAAUUAGUGGGCUUUCUACUCUAAGAUCCCUCCGUGUCCUCUUGUUGGGGAAAAACAGAAUCAAGAAAAUCUCAAAUCUGGAGAAUCUAAAAAAUUUAGAUGUCUUGGACCUUCAUGGAAAUCAGAUUACCAAAAUUGAAAAUGUCAAUCAUUUAUGUGACUUGAGAGUGUUAAACCUUGCCAGGAACCUUUUAAGUCACGUUGAUAACCUUAAUGGGCUGAAUUCACUAACUGAACUUAACCUGCGACACAAUCAGAUCACUUCUGUGAGGGAUGUGGAUAAUUUGCCCUGCCUCCAGCGUCUCUUUCUCAGCUUCAACAACAUAGCCAAUUUUGAGAGUGUCUGCUGCCUCGCUGACUCGACGUCUCUCUCAGACAUCACUUUUGAUGGCAAUCCUAUAGCUCAAGAGUCAUGGUACAAACACACCGUCCUUCAGAACAUGCAGCAGCUGCGCCAGCUGGAUAUGAAGAGAGUCACGGAAGAAGAAAGGCGUAUGGCAUCUGUUGUAGCAAAAAAGGAGGAAGAGAAGAAGCGGGAAAGUCAUAAGCAAUCCUUGCUUAAGGAGAAGAAAAGGUUAACAAUUAACAACAUAGCCCGGCAGUGGGACUUGCAACAGCAUCGAGUCACAGAUAACGCUACAAGUCAAGACAGACAAGAUGCUGACUCGCCUUCUCAGGACCCCUGUCAGAUGGAUAGAAGCACCAUCUCUGCAUUUCCAGAGGAAACAGGGUCUCUGGACUCAGUGCUCACCAGUACUUUGCAAGGCUUGUCUGCCACAGACACGCACCUCGUCGACGUGGACGGGGACACGCUUUCCCUGUACGGCUCAGGUGCGCUGGAGUGCCUGGACCGGAACUGGAGCGUUCAGACAGCGGGCAUGGUGACCACAGUGUCCUUCACUUUCGUAGAAUUUGAUGAAAUCGUCCAAGUGCUUCCCAAGUUGAAGAUGAAGUUCCCUAAUUCUCUGCACCUUAAAUUCAAGGAAACAAAUCUUGUAAUGCUGCAGCAAUUUAACGCAUUAGCACAGCUCCGUCGCAUUGACCAGUUGACAAUUGAUCCACAAGGAAAUCCUGUUGUCAAUUUUACACUCUGGAAAUACUAUGUACUAUUCAGGCUGAGCCACUUCAGUGUGCAGAAGAUAAAUGGGACAGAGGUGACACAGAAUGAUAUGAUAAUGGCUGAAAGGCUCUUUGGAAUCCUAGCACAUGUAGCCUCUUCCGAGCUACCCCAGUACCGUAUGAUUUCAAUUCUGGGUGAUGCCAGGAAGAAGCAAUUCCGGUAUCUGCAAGAAACCAAGGGGAAGAAACCCGGUGUUGUCAAUGAAGAAAAUAACGACAGCAAAAGACUUGUAGGAGAAAACACGAACCGUGCUAUGUUAAAUUACACCACAAGAGACUUUUAUAACGAAAAGCUAGAGGAAACAAAGGAAAAAAAGAAAUUCUGCAACAUGUAUAUAGAGGACCUUGUGAAGGAAGCCACAGAAAUCAACACGAAAAAUGAGGCUUUGCAGAAGCUCUGGCCACAGAUGUUCAUCGAGCUCGUUAGGGAUGCAGUCAUAGAGACUCGAAAUAAGAACUCCUACAUGAAGCUUUGCCUACAGCAGAUAACUGACCAGAAGUAGAAAUGGCUUAUAGUCAUUUAAUGGUUUAUAGUCACAGUUGAUUUCAGCAGUUUUCUGGUUUUGGAGCAUGAAAAUACACAGGUUAUACAUGCUGAGACAACAGUACUGGCCUGCAAACCAGGACACAGCAAACCAUUACCGCCUACUCUUCUCGCAGAUAAGGGUUAGGAAGGAAAGGAGGAAAGCGAGAAGCGGGCUAGUCUUCUGUGCAUGGCGACCAAACAGCCCGAGGGGACCCAGCAGGGUUCAGAGCUGCCCUGGCCGUGGGAUGGCACUGCGCCCUCAGCACCUGCUUGGAACGGUGCUGCUGCCAUGGCCCUAAGCGCAGCAUUUGCUCAUGGUUCAGCACGGGUUGCUUCUGCCUUCUUUCGACUGAUAGUUUCCAGUUAUUUGCUUUUUUAAGUUAUGUCAUGAUUUCAAAGCCCAAACAUAUUAUUUUGUAUAAGUUUAUUAUUAAA